AUGGCUGGAGCUGCCGAGUAUGUUUGGGGCAUGGUGAUCAUUGGAACCCACCGCCUCCAGAGCCACUUGCAGCUGAGCGAGGGAGUGAUGACGUGCACGAUCCCUGACAAGGACUUCCAACAUGUGCCGCCAAGGCAGGUGGAGAGACUGGAGGCCCAUGAGGAUAUCUUCAUCCCUGGCAACGGGUAUCCAGCCCUGCGCUACUUGCUGGUGUGCCGCAGCGACGAUGGGCAGUCGGUCCUUUUCCGGGGACCGGCAGCGAUGGCAGAUUGCAUCUACUGCAAGAAGAUGCCGCUGAAAACCGUGGUCAUUAAGCUGACUGGCCACUUGGAAAAUCGCCCUGACUGGGAUCAGCCCUUGAUCCGCUUCAAAGCCUGGAUGGCAGCGUCGGGCGAGUGUUUGAAAGCCGACGGGUGGCUGUUGCCGUCUUCGGAUCGGAUCUAUCCAAGGCAGAUUCAAGACCUUGCGCGACAUCACAUCAAGGAUUCCCAUGGACCAAACGGCCAUGAACCUCUUGCCGCCGAUGACUCCCCUUUGGGAGCCUCGCUGCACAGAGGUCACGCCAAAGAUGAGGCUGUGGAGCAAGAUGGUGCCACCUUGCGUGCGCAUGAUUCUUUCUCUGCGGUGCCACUGCGAGUUGCCACUCUGCAGAGACGAAGCGAGACGCACGGUAAGUUCUACGCAUACUAUUGGUCACUGAUCCAGCACGGUCAGCGUGGCUUAACCAGGGAAGAUUUGUGGCACACAGUAUCUAUAGUUCGCAGCAACAACGUGGGAAGGCUGCAGGGAGGUGUCAGUUGUUUGACGAAGGUCAUCACCCAGCUCUUUACUCCUCUGGAAUCAGGACUCCUUCUCACACUUCACAGUGGACGCAAAGUCUUCUUGUUUGGACGCCUUCGGUGUCUCAUCGGAGACGAAGCCGCCUUAAAGGCGAUGUGGGCUGUCAAGGGAGCAGCUGGUACCCUGCCCUGCCUGUUCUGUUGGAACGUAGUGCAGGCCCGAAGCGACCUCCAUCUGUCGGAUCCCAGCGGCACUUUAGUCCCCCACACGUGUUUUGACAUAGGGGAGCUGCAGCUACGAACCGAUGCUGAAUUGGCCGCAGCGGCCUUGAUGUUGUCAUCUGAGAAGCCACUCCGUACAAAGAAAGCUUUUGAUGUGCAGGUAGAUGCUGUGACGUUGGAAGGUCUGAUCCAGCGUCAUCUGACAGCGUUUAAGAACGCUCACGGUGAAGACGAACUUGUGCCCAAGUUCCAUUAUGCUCUACACUUACCGCCCCUACUAAGACAGCAUGGCCUUCUCAUAUCAUGCUGGACGCAUGAACGCAAACACAAAUCGCUCAAACUUUUCGCGAACCAAGUUAGCAACGCCGGAACUUGGUACGAGAUGUCGGUCUUGCGAGAAGUGACGCACAGUGCCAUGAACUGCAUCCUGGACUUCAAACCCAGCGACAUCAGGUUGCAGAAGCCAAAGCCAUCCAGGAAGAUGAAGUGCGCAAUCCUUGAGUUGGAUUUUUUAAGGUGCAUGGAUGGUGCUUUUGUUGCCACUGUGGCAGACAUUCACGGCUUGACUUGUCAUGCAGGUGAUGUGGCACUGCUACGUUUGGACGGUUCCGAAUGUGUUGGGCGCGUGCAUUUACACGCAGCUCGUGGAUGCAUCGAUCCCGCAGAGGUGCGAACUGUCAUUUGUUGGUGGCAGCUGACACAUCGAGAAGUGGACAGUGCAAUUACUGUUUGUCGAUAUGUCCGGCAGUGCUUCAACGGCUGCUUGACACUUGCACAGCAGAGAUGUCGCUGUGCGCACUUUGCAGAGUUCAACUCGCAAAGCACUUGGCACUGUGCGGCAUUUUUCGAGAACUAUUCCUAUGUGAUCCACGAUGAGAUGCACACUCCACGAGAUGCAACACGUGGAAGGCAGAAUGGAGUAGACAGAAGCUGCGUGGAGACUCCCGAAAAGCCAAGGUUCCCAAAGAGCAGACAGAUGGAUGCAAGGGACACCUUCAGUCACGAGAAGAUCUGGAAAAUUCCUGCCUUGAACCUCAACGCUGAUGCAAAUGAGUUCAUCCCUGGGUCCUUUGCAUCCUUGCUGCCUGCAAUUCUACCGUCGGUCCCAACUAAUCCUUGCAUUCCAUCUCCUGUCCCUCCUGGACUGGAGAUGUGCGGAUUGAAUGGAAUGGGACCAGCAUGGGACGACAUGACAACGCAAUUUGGAAUGGAAAGUGGUUGGGAGCAGUCCACUUUGUCAACUCAUUUGUCCUCCUUCCCUACAUCUGAGGCCUCUCCAAAAGACUUGGUUGACGACGGUGAAGAAAGCCAGAGUGAAAAUCGCAUGCUCAAGCUCGCCUCAUGUUUGCUGCGAUUUCUUAUGCAAGCUCCUGUUUUGGAGACAUCAGACUUGAUGAAGAUCAUUGAGACUCAAUUGGGUGAAGCCGAAGAUUCAGGCCCCUGGUGUCAGAGGGAUUUGAAGACGGUAUCGUUCACCUACAAGGAUCUGGCCCUCCUGGACGCAAGGCUUGCUGCACUGCUGCACAAGCUUUCCCCAGAGCUUUUGGCGAGGCUUCCAAGGCAGCUAAAUCUUGACUGGGACCCUACAGGCAUGUCUUGGAGCUUCAAGGAACCACCUGAAUUGCGUCGGCUCAUUGCCAAAAAGAACAAGAACCCAACUUUGGGUCAGUUCAGCAUCACGUUCUUGUCGCACGCAAGUGGAUGUGUGCCCAUGCAUUUAGAUAGGAUGUUGAAGUUCAAGCGUGCCGGUAUAGCAUGCCUGCAGGGCCUAGAUUCAAGCACCCCGGACCUGGCUUCUGGUAUAAUUGGAAAAGGCUAUGGCAAAUGCUGUGGGAAGGGACCUUCCGGAGCCAACACUAUCAUGUGGGACCGAAGCUACUGGGCAUUUUGUGCAAGUCAUGAGUGUGAUGCGGGAUUGGCAGUCGAUCUGAUAUCAGCGGAUCAAGCUAUCCGUAUUGCUUGCUGGCGGCCUAGGCUUGAGCACAGCUUCGAUGGUAGCUCAGAAGCUUUUGGCCACUUCCUCCUCUCAGAAAAUGUGAAUCUGGUGGUUUGUGCAGACUUGUCUCUCGUCGGGGGCACUUCGUCUGCGGGACUUGUGCCGGCACUUCUGGGUUUGCAGUCUGCCAUGUUUGAGAUCCUUGGUCAUGAAGUUUUGACUCCGAAGCCGGUCUUGGGUGAUUCUGAUGACUUCCAUGCCUUGUGGGAUCCAUGUGGCAUCUUUUUCCGCGGUGUAGAACCUACGACAGCUCUAUCUGGCUACACUGAAGGAUACCUUUCCAAAAUGUUCGAAGGCAGCAGCGAUUUGUCCAGCAACUUCCCGGAUGGAAAGCCAGUUCUGUUCGCGGAGUUUGGCGCCGGCUUGUCUCGAGACCCGGAUCUCAAGAAGUGAAUCUGUUGGGACGGAAGGGUCGGAAUUCAAAGAUAGAUUAUAGAACUCAAUAGACUUCUUUUCACUCCAGCACCGUGUAGCAAUAUUGCUGCAUGGUCCCCUCCAGGACCAGGUGCUCCCAAAUUUGCAAUGUAAUCGCAGGAUUAAUUGCUGAUGAGACACACGUCUUGGACUAUAAUCAUGAAAUUGUCAUGAAAGCACAGAAAACAUGGCAUAGACAGUAGGCGAAACCGCGGUUUCACGUGGAGGAAUCCGCAACCUGCCGCUGAGGGUAGGGCCAGUGUCUUACAAUUUCUGAGCAGAUUACAAG